GUUCUAUAAAUUCAACCUCAAAUUGUAGCGUUUCUUAGCAAUCCUUCUUCUAUCAUCAUCUUCUUCUUUUGUUGUCUAAUUUAUUUCUAUCUUCUCCUUAAGUUCUCUAUUUCUCCUCUUACUAGUCUAAGAUAAGCCAUGGGGAUCAAGAUUCAUGGAAGCCCUUUCUCCGGUGCCACUCUUCGUGUCGUGGCUGCCGCUAAUGAAAAGGAACUAGAUUUUGAAUUUGUUCACGUCGACAUGAGUGUUGGUGCUCACAAGCAACAACCUUAUGUUGCCCUUAACCCAUUUGGUCAAGUACCAGCUUUUGAAGAUGACGAUCUCCAGCUAUUUGAAUCAAGAGCAAUUACAAAAUACAUAGCAUACGCCUAUGGAAGCAACGGCAAUGCAUUGGUAUGUGAGGAUAUGAAGCAAAAGGCGUCCCAAGCCGUAUGGAUGGAGGUUGAGGCUCACCAAUUCGACCCACCAGCUAGCAAACUGAUGUGGGAGCUUGUGUUCAAGGGCAUGUUUGGCAUGGAAGUCGACAUGGCUAUAGUCGAGGAGAACGAGGCUAAGUUGGCUAAGGUCCUAGAUGUUUAUGAGGCUCAUUUAGGUCAGUCCAAGUAUAUGUGUUGUGAAACAUUCUCCUUGGCUGAUCUUCAUCACUUGCCUCAACUUCAUUUUCUAAUGGGCACCCAAGUUAAGAAGAUUUUCGACGAACGCCCUCAUGUGAGUGCUUGGUGCACAGAUAUCUUGGCUAGGCCAGCUUGGGUUAAGACAAUAGCCUUGCAGAACCAAGCUUAGGCAAGCUUAAGAUCAAGAACCAAGCCAGUAUUUUGUGUUUGUUACCUUGUUUGUUUGUAUUGAUUUGAUUUUAUAAUUUUGCUAUUGAAUUUCUGUAUUCCAUCUUUAUCAUUUUAAUUAAUAAGAGUACUAAUUGCCUGAGUUUUGCUA